AUGUCCUUACCAUCUCGCGAGCCCGAAACUCCACCCCCUACCUCAAAAGAAAACAAGGCCGAUGCCAGCGCAAGCAAAGGCGCCGAUACCGACAAGCCCAAGACAGUCUCCAUCAAAGUAGUGGAUGAAGCCCGCAACGAAAUCACAUUCAAAAUCAAGCGCACCAAACCUCUGGAAAAGGUCAUACAGGCGUAUUGUGCUGCGAAAAAAAAUCAUGACACACAGAGUGUAAGGUUCUUAUUUGAGGGCAUCAGGAUUAAGGAGCACGAUACUGCGGAUAGUUUGGAGAUGCAUAAUGAGGAUUCCAUUGGUGUUUUUUUGUUUCAGCAAGGAGGCGCGGAUUGA